AUGGUUGGGGAAGAAGAUGAAGUUACUGACGAUGAUUUGCCAGUUGAUAUGGAUAUUUUAGAAAAAGUCUGUACUGGAAAAAAAAUGAUUGAUCCUAGACCGUUUGAGAAAAUCGAAUUCAAUCCAUUUGGUCCAGUAGCUAAAAUGAAAGCGGAUGAUCCAUUAUUUGAUCGUGAUACAAUAUUGUUCUCAAAUACUGUUGAAACUGUCAUUCGACUUCAGCCUGAAGGUGAUGAAAAGGUAGGACACGGUAGAGGUCCUAUGAGGCAUCGAAUUCGUUGGGUUGAUAAAAUUAGCGUAACAUGCUUUGACCCUAGGGAUCGUCGACCAAAAGAAGUACAAAAGCGAAUACCAGUAACCGAACCUUUGAAAAAUGUUUCGCGAGAUAAAAAGUCGUCGAAUGAAAUUUAA